ACGCAGAGUGCUCUGUUGGCCGCGGAGCGGCAGGAGGCAGAGGAGGCCGGAGUGAGCUGGAGGUAUGGGCCAGGCGGCCUGGAAGGGGUUCGCCCAGUCUCUGUUCGACUAUAAGACCGCAAAGUUCGUGGUCGCCAAGAGCAAGAAGGUGGGGCUGCUCUACCGGCUGCUGCAGCUCACCAUCCUGUUGUACUUACUCAUAUGGGUGUUUCUGAUAAAGAAGAGUUACCAAGAUAUUGACACUUCCCUGCAGAGUGCUGUGGUCACCAAAGUCAAGGGUGUGGCCUAUACCAAUACCACUAUGCUCGGAGAACGGCUCUGGGAUGUAGCCGACUUUGUCAUUCCAUCUCAGGGGGAGAACGUUUUCUUCGUGGUCACCAACUUGAUCGUGACUCCUAACCAGCGGCAGGGCAUCUGUGCUGAGCGUGAAGGCAUUCCUGACGGCGAGUGUUCUGAGGACACUGACUGCCGUGCCGGGGAGUCUGUUGUCGCUGGACAUGGACUGAAAACUGGUCGCUGUCUACGGGUGGGGAACUCUACCCAGGGUACCUGUGAGAUCUUCGCUUGGUGCCCAGUGGAGACAAUGUCCAUGCCAACGGACCCCCUCCUGAAGGAUGCUGAAGGCUUCACCAUUUUCAUAAAGAACUUCAUUCGCUUCCCCAAGUUCAACUUCUCCAAAGCCAAUGUGCUAGAAACAAACAACAAAGACUUCCUGAAAACCUGUCACUUCAGCUCCAAGAACCUCUACUGUCCCAUCUUCCGACUGGGGUCCAUUGUCCGCUGGGCAGGGGCUGACUUCCAGGAUAUAGCUCUGAAGGGUGGUGUGAUAGGAAUCCAUAUCGAAUGGGACUGUGACCUCGAUAAAGCUGCCUCUAAAUGCGACCCACACUAUUACUUCAAUCGUCUGGACAACAAGCACACCAAAUCCAUCUCCUCUGGGUACAACUUCAGGUUCGCCAGGUAUUACCGUGACCCCAAUGGGGUAGAGUUCCGUGACCUGAUGAAAGCCUAUGGCAUCCGCUUUGACGUGAUCGUCAAUGGUAAGGCAGGAAAAUUCAGCAUCAUCCCUACCGUCAUCAACAUAGGUUCUGGGCUGGCGCUCAUGGGUGCUGGGGCUUUCUUCUGCGACCUGGUUCUUAUCUACCUCAUCAGAAAGAGCGAGUUUUACCGAGACAAGAAGUUUGAGAAAGUGAAGGGUCAGGAGGAGGAAGCCAGUGUGGAGCUUGAGGCCAACGAUACUGAACAGCCAGAGGAUAAGCCACCAGAAGGGGGCCAGCAGGAUGAGCAUCCCCAAGAGCUGGUCCAGAAUAGCAGGAAGCACAAUAGCAACUGCCAGGAGCUCCUUGAGCCUGCCAGGUCCACUUUGCUUGUCUAACACAGCCUCCUAUUGCUGUGGGAGAUCCCGUGCUUCCCAGCCCUCGGCGUGAACGUCGUCAAGCAUCUGAGCUGCAGCUAGGGCAGUGUUUCUUUCUCUUUGGCUGUGCCUGCCUGCUCACUGCCAGAGAGGCUGUGACAGCCGUGUACUCUGCCUCAGAAAGGCCAUGCUGCAAAGAGUUCCUGCUGGCCCUCUCUCUGCCUUUUGUGCGCACCCGUCCUCCAAGGUCUGGCCUCCAGGAGAAAGCCAUCCUGAAUGUGAAGCAGCCACAGAUCUUGCAAACAGUGAAGACGUAGCCAGAACUCUUGGCAGAGAACAAAUUCAAAGAUGAUGGGGCCAGGACAGACCACAGCUCUGAACUGGGAAGAGGCAUCUUGGUGCUUGCUCAGGAUGGAGCUUCUGGAAACAGGCCCUUCAACUUCACCCAGCUCAGGUGGGAUUCUAUUGCAGGAUUUUUUGUAGUGUGGAGGGGAGCCUCCUGUUGGCUCAGAUGCGGACAGGAGGCCCUGGGGCAGGCCCCCAGGAAAGGGACAGGCCAGGGGCUUCAGUGAUAGAAUGUUUACAUGCCCCAUCUCUGAACCCAGAGGGACAUUCAUUUAUUCAUACAUGCAGUACACAUCUAUGGGUGCAUGCUGUACUUUAUUCCUGUCUGAGAGGUUUAAACAAGAUGCUGAUCAGGCCCCAGGGCUCACAUGUAACUCUCUCCAGAGACUUCAGACAGCCCAGACAGCCUGGCCUUCCUCCAGCCUCUAGCCAAGGCUCCCGGCAAGUCUCGGCAGAGAAUGAUGGCUGCUCAGAAAAGCUGUUGGAUGACAUCCAGGGGACAUUUAGCUCCACCCCCAGUGUAAAAUUUAAGGGUGGCCAAGGAGGCACCUGGGAAAAACUUAAGGGAAGAGCAAACUCCAGGGGCUCCUAGGCAAGGUUCGGGCAGGGAAGGCAGGCAAGCCACUAGCCCGUUCUAGCCCCGACCCGUAACCUAGGGUAGCGCUGGGAAAUCGACUUGUCCAUGAGAGAUGGACUUGCCCGUGCAGUUUAGCUCUGGCUGUUUUUUUGAGGGGGGAAGGGUUGGGGGCGUGCCUGGGAGUCCCGGAUUGAUUUCCUGCUCUCAGAAAGAAGCUCAGCCUUGAAGUGCUAAAGAGAUAAAGGAGGACUUUCUGAAAGGUUGUCCCUGAUCCGUGUGUCCUGUUCCUUCCCCACUGCAUUUCAUUCCAUGGAGCUCAAAGUGGGGUCCAUGGACCAGCAUCCGCUCUGCUGAGAGCCUGACAAAAAUGCAUGGCUGCAAGCCUCUCCCUAAUCCUACCCACGUAAGCGGUUCCCCAAGAUCUCAGCGUGGUUUGCAAGCCUACUGUUACUGCCAUCUUGGGGGCUGACAGAGUCUGACUUACACAUGCUGCCCUGAGGCGAUCCUGGAACUCUUUAUAGACCAGGCUGGCCUCAUACAGACCUGCCAGCCUCUUGAGUGCUGGGACUAAAGGUGUGCAUCACUAUACCUGGUUUCCCAUCUUUCCUUGGAAGAUAGCGGUAUGCUUGGUUUAUUUAAAUUCAAACAUUUUGAUAAGGUAAUACCUACUCUAAUUCAAAAUGUAAAGAUUCAUCAGCAUAGAAGUAUCCAGGUAGUGUGGUGAACGACUUUAAUCCCGGCACUCAGGAGGCAGAGGCAGAUGGGGCUCCGAGUUUGAGGCCAGCCAGGUCAGUGGAACUAGUUCUUUGCCAGAAAGGGCUAUAUAGUGAGACUCUGGAUUUUGUUUUUUGUUUUCUGAAGACAUCCCUUUCUUUCACUCUCCUUUAUUUUUCUGAGGAUUCAUCUGGCUACCUGUCCACUUCCUCAGGAAAUGAUCUAUUCCUGAAAGAGCAAAUUCCCUGUCAAAAACAGACUUGGGACACAUUUAAAUACAGGACUGGGGAGCUAGUGGGCUCACUUUUCCCUAUCCCGUGGAGGGGUAUCUGGGGAAAUCCAAGGAGAGAAACCUGGAGCUCUUCAUCUGGAGACCAUUGUCAAGUGUCAAGUUCUGCCUUGAGUCCAGGUGCUGGGUAGGUGCUUCUCUGGAUGCUGGGAGCUCCUCUCCGGAAAGCAUCUCCACCAUAUGCCAGGGACAGUAAACAUCCUUCCACUGGGCCCAUGCAGGUGGUAAUCAGAAGGGGUCUGAUAGCUGGGUGAGGUGCUGUAUGCCUGCAGACCCAGCACAUGGGGGUGGGUCACCUGAGCUCAGGAAUUUCAGUGUGGGCAAUAGAUAGUGAUGUCCUCUCCCCCCCCAAAAAAGGUGUAGGGCUCAAGGAUGGCUCUUUCAGAAAACCCGGGUUCAAUUUCCAGGCCUCAUAUGAGGGCUCACAAUCUCCUGUAAUUCUCCUGGUGCACAGACAUACAUGCAAACAAAAUACAUAUACAUAUGAAGUAAAAUAAAUUAAAAAAUUGUUUUUAGCCUGGUGUA